AACCGAGCAUGGCGCGGGGCCUCGCCCUCCUGCUUCCCCUCUUCCUGGGGCUGCCGCAGCUGGGCCGCGGUGGGCCGCUGGAGGUGGAGCCCCCCGAGCCCGAGGUGGCGGUGGCCGUGGGCGAGUCGCGACAGUUCACCUGCCGCCUGGCCUGCGAGGACGGCAGGGCGGCCUCGGUGCAGUGGCGGGGCCUGGACACCAGCCUGGGCGCCGUGCAGUCCGGCGCGGGUAGCAGCGUCCUCUCCGUGCUCAACGCCUCGCUGUCGGCUGCGGGGCCCCGCGUGUGCGUGGGCUCCUGCGGGGACGUCGCCUUCCAGCACAUCGUGCGGCUCCUGGUGUUCGCCUUCCCGGACAAACUGACUGUGGUCCCAGAGGCCCUGGUGGCUGGGCCGGACCGGGAGGUGGCCUGCACAGCCCACAGCAUCACUCCUGCGGGCCCUGACACCCUCUCUAUGUCCCUGCUCCUGGGAGAUCAGGAACUGGAGGGGGUGGAGGCCCUCCGGGAUGUGAUAGAGGAGCCCCAGGAGGGCGAGGACCCGCUGUUCCAAGUGACACAGCGCUGGCUGCUUCCUGCCUUGGGGACACCCACCCCACCCUCCCUCCACUGCCAGGCGACCAUGAGGCUGCCCGGCUUGGAGCUGAGCCACCGCCGGCCCAUUCCAGUCCUGCAGGGCCUGACCUCCCCAGAGCCCAGCACCACAGAGUCCCCGGAGCCCCGCAUCACCACCUCCCCCGAGGCCACCCCAGAGCAGGCCUCCACCCGCAGCCCCAGGAGCCCUGGCCCCGUGCCCCGGAACAGCUCCACCAGGCCCUGCCGCCCGGAGAUCCGUCAGUUGUCUGCAGCAGGGGGCUUGGAGCUGCUGUGUGAGGUGGCCUGCGGCCCAGGCGUGGCCGUGCGCUGGACCCAGGCCCCCGGCGGGCUGGCGGCCUACGAGACGCGGGAGGUGGGGGCCCAGGCUUGGCUGAGCGGUGGCAGCAUGCUGUGGGCCAGAUGCCACGCUGAGGGCUGGUUCCAGUGUUGCCUGGACCCAGGGGGCCAGACGGCCAAGCUGUACGUGGCCUCAGAAAUCUGCUCUCCGCUAACGUCUGCAUCCCUGUGGACGGGCAGCUUGGUGCUGGGGCUGCUUCUCCUGGUGUUCCUGACCCACCGCCUGUGGAAACGCUGCCGGCCCACCAGAUGAUGACCUGGGUCCCCUGCCCCGCCUGGACCACACGGAGGGGGAUUUUCCUUCCACUCAGUUGCGACUAGAGGAUGUUUGCAGGGUUCUGGACAUCAGGGGGGCUGACCGUGGACCCCUUACCCCGAUGGCCAGCACAUCCAGGCUCCCCAACUGGCUGGGCUUCCCCUCAGUGGGGACCCCUGGGGAGCCGCCACCACCCCCCCACGGUGAAGAGCUGGAGAAUAAAGAGCAUCUGGUCUGACCUCGGUGGUUCCUGUCGUGUUCUGAGGACACGGGGAAUCCCCGGCACCGCUACAACCAUCCUCUGCUCUAGGUGACUCCCCAGAGAGACAAGGAAGGA